GUUUGUUAAUGCUUGUGGCUUGAGUGUGUUAUAAACUGCCGUGUCGCGGGGCAUAGGCUGUAUUCUCCCCCAGUGUACGCGUUUUGUUCCCGCCGUAGACUAUGCAGAGUGCCGUCGGAAAGAGGACUGCUAUUAUUCUUUUAUUGCUUAUGUGGGCCGCCAUCGGUAAUAGUGCAACACCAAGGCAACCCGUGGUCACGGCGUGAAUGAAUCCACCUCCAUGACCCAAGGCCAAAAAUCAGAUUAAUAUACUGACCAUUCAGAGAAUGGCCUACCAGAUAUUAAACUGAUAAGAACAGAUACUACACUUGAUCUUAGCCAUUAGGCCGAGAAGCGAUAAAGAACAAGCGUUGCCAUGAUAGGCAUCGUCCACACACCGUAACUGCUUGUGGAGCAUGUCACGUUACUGUAAAGCUUACAACUGUCACCGCGUACGGAUGGACGGCGACAUAGUAAAAAUCACGGCUGUUGAUUUAGCCGUAGGAUGGAGAGCGACUGUAGCGAGUGGAUGGUAACUUACAUGAAUGCUAACAAAGGCGACGAUACUAAGUGCGUGAUAUUACUUUCCAAUAUGUCUGCGUACAUUCCGUUUAUCAACGCAUUACGCCAGAACGUGCGCGCGCGUUACACAGUAGACCAUGCAGCCGAAAUGCGACAGUGCGACCCUGCCAGGAGUCGAACCUGGAAUCCCCUGAUUCGUAGUCAGAUGCCUUAUCCAUUGGGCCACAGGGCCAUGCUUAUGACUUCGCCCCAUCGUCAUUUUGGCUUGCGCAUUCGUUUUACUUACGACAGAAUUCUUCGUGUUUGUAGCCAUGAAAGAAAGGGACUUCUGUGAGUGAAUUUUUUUACUGUGGUCUAAUAAAAAAGUCGAAACGCAGUGCCCAAUAUAUGAAUUGCUCCUAAUAGCCGGAAACAGGCCGUGUCGAUGAUGUAGGCCGACAUACGCAACGCAAACCAAAGAACGCUUUAUGAAAAUCCUAACACGAGCGCGGAAGAAGCCCAAAUUAACAGACUAGAUGUAAUGCUGAAGACCUCAAACUCCAGCAGCUUCUCUUGCAGACUAUUGCGUCGUACUACAAAUAAAAAUUAACAUGCUUUCGCAUAGUCGCGGCACCCAAAACGGACAUUAUACGAUGUACAGAAACACACAUUUCUGUUUUCGCGCCAAAUCAAUUCCCGGGAGUGGUACUUUUACGUCCGCAUACUUCGCACCGUCUUAAAUUAUAUCUCAUUUACACGGUAAUGUUUAGUAUACUUCUACUGUGAUAACAAGCAUCGUUUAUCGUUGGAUUGUUGUAAGAAAACAUUAAAAAUGAGUGAAGCAGCUUCUCCAAAGAAAAUCGCACCCAAGAAGAAACCUGCUGCAAAGAAGACAGCUGAUCACCCUAAAUAUGUGGACAUGAUCAAGGCUGCUAUCGCUACCCUAAAGGAACGCGGUGGUUCAUCUCGCCAAGCUAUUACAAAAUAUAUUCAUGCAAAUUACAAAGUUGCUGAAAACUCAGAUCAUCAUCUGAAAAUGGCUCUUAAACGAGGAGUAACAUCAGGCGAUUUGAUUCAAACUAAAGGCACUGGUGCUUCUGGAUCAUUCAAGCUAGGUCAGGUAAAAAAAGAAAAACCUAAGAAAAAGGCCGCAGCAAAAAAGCCAACGGCAAAGAAGCCUACUGCAAAGAAAAGUACACCAAAAAAGAAGCCAGCAAAGAAGAGCACGCCAAAGAAAGCAGCAAAGAAGCCUGCCACAAAGAAAGCCUCGGCUAAGAAACCAGCAGCUAAGAAACCCACAAAGAAGCCUGUUGCUAAAAAACCUGCAGCAAAGAAGGUCAAAAAGACUCCCAAAAAGGCAGCAAAGAAGACCGCAAAAAAAUAAUUUGUGUGUAUCUGGCUAUUACAUUAACAAACGGCUAUUUUUAUAGCCACACAUUUACAAAAAAACAUUAUCUUGGUACAAAGUUAAACUUGUUUAAGUCAC